AUGCGAGGUCGAUUUCUCAGUAUCGAUUACUUCUCUACUUCACCUUCUCCGGUAUACGAAACCCUAGGCUUCCUCAAUCUUCCAGCUCCUGAUAAUUUCCCGGCGUCUCUCGUCCGCGACAGGGAAGAUGACCUUCUUCGAUUUGGACCUGUCGAAGAUUUCCGUCUCCCGAUCGCUAAUUUGCCUAUUGAAUCUGCUCUAUCGAAGUUCCUUUCCGACGUGAUUCCCGAUCGCGUCGGCGUGGACUAUGGAGUUUUCGAAAUGGAUGACUCUUCCGUCGGAGACAAGAGAAACUUCCUUGGGUGUGAAGAUCCUGAGCUCAUGGAGAAGAAUUGUGGAGAUGCCAUUGAGGAGAAAGCUACACUAAAUUUUAACAUUAUUCAGUUGGAGACUCCAGAGUUGGAUUUCGAAAUGGAGGAAAGGCUCUUAUCCAAGAGGGAGGAUCUCCAAUGUUUCUCUGAAGUUCUACAGAUUGAAAACGAGCCGGUUAAAUUUGAAGAGUCAGAUAUUGUCCUACAGAAUUCAAAUGAUAUCCAACAAAAGAUUUGUUAUGUUGAUUACAUGUCUUCUGACUACUUCACAGAGAACAGUUCUUCGGUAACAGAAGAUGAAGGCUUCCGCAAGAAUCGACCGUGGUUCAGAGAUGCCAGAUUUCCCCUUCUAGAAGUGGAUGAAGAACACUUGAGCGACUUAUCAAGCUUAUCUAUGCUUGAUAAAGUAUUUACCGUUCUUGAAACAAUCGAAUCCCAAGUCACGGAUCCGGAGAGUUCUCUGGUUAUCAAUUCUAAGGAGCUUAUAGGCUCUAAGGAUUAUGAUAUCCUGGAUAUUCUCUCUACAGAUUGCUAUUCGAACAAGUGUGUCCAAUCUGAUAUGGUACCAGAGAGUGCUUUUUCGGAAAUGGGUAUAGUGAAUAUCCUGGAAAUAUCAAAUGCUGAGGAGAACUUUCAGUUUGGACAGGGAAAGGUGGCUGCUGAUAGUGACUUUACAACGGUCCCAGUAACUUUUGAGGAAGUUUAUAUCCCGGAUGUGGAGGUAUCUGAUGUUUUUGAUAGCUUCCUUUGUUUUCAGGAAACCAUUGAAGCAGAAAAAUGCUCCGAGAUGUUCAGUGAGGAGAUGAACUUCAAGAAUUUCGAUGAAUUAGUCGUCAGUUCUGAACUUGCCUUCACAGAUGAUGCCUUCAAGUCUAUGCCUACUCCUCUUUUAUAUGAUUAUGAGAUCACAAGAUCUCUGGAACUCAUUUAUGAGGAUGUUUUGUCAAAGAUCAAGCCUCAAGCCUUUUCUGCAUCAAAUGACAUAUACUUGCCUUCGAACCUUCUUGAGGAAAGAAAACACAACCAUGAAGCCCCUUUCUGUGAUUACCCGUUUGAAGAAAUAGUUACAUGCAACAUUGAUUACAAGUGGGACUCUUCAGAGGGAGAUAAAUGGGUUUAUGAUUUCAUUUUCUCUGAAGAUGCUUUCUGCGAGCCACUUGUAGAGAGAUGCACAGAGCCUUUCUAUGGUAUAUCUACCAUUGAUGAGCAUCCUCCUGUUAAUACUUCCCAUGGGUUAUUGGAAAACCGAUGUCCAAAAUCAGGAGCCAUGGAUUUUGGAGGGGAUGAUAAUGCUAAGAAGGCUACGCAGGUGUUCAAAUCAAUGUUAGCUUUUGAUGACUUAAACUUUUUCAUGGAUCCUCAGAAGGCUGUGAUUGAAGAGAAUCUCGAGUCAAGAGUCGAAGUUGCUAAGACUGCCAACCAUAAAGUUAUCUCUACUGACUCUAAGGCUUCAUGUAUAUCUGGCAUGCACCCAAACCCAACCACAGAAGAUAUGACACUUCACUGUGUGCGCCCGUCAGAAAAUAUUCUUGCCCUUGUCAGAGACUUUGAGAAGAGCUAUUUAACUCUUGUGAAGGAUGAAUCAGAGUUGGUUUCAACUCUAUCAGAAGAUAAACUUAAGUUACUCAGCAUUUCGAAAGGAAAGCUUAUUGACUGCAUAAGAAAGGCGAAUGUCCACAGAACACAGUUGGCAGAUGAUAAGACUUUCACGUUUGCACUACUACUAGCAAUUAAACAGAUGACAUGGUAUAUGUGUUUCUUUGGUAUCCACGUGGCGUAUCUCUAUCUUGACAAGUUAUGCCGGAGCUCAACUCCCAUGAAGCUGGGAUUGCACACUCUCUACUCAUCAGUUGAAACGGAGCACAAGUCAGUUGAGAGAGACAUCACAAGAUCACAUCCAUCCUUAGCUGUUAUCCAGGGGAUUUUACAUUCAAAAGUUUCCCAGGGGAAUUCCAAAGCAUUAAUUUUGGCUGAGAAAGUCUUUUGGUCCUCGUUGAAGAUGCUAUUAAUGUCCAUGGGGUUAUCAUACAAUGAGCUCAGCAGCCCGUCCCCAAGUGGAAACGAACCAAAUCUCAAUGAAGCAACCACAGAACUCGGUUUUCUGCCGAAUUCUGACUGUCUGCUGGUCUCUUACGAGCGCAUUUCUCCAUCUUUUCCUCUGGAGAAUUUCAGUGUCAUUGUUGAUUAUGGAGGUCCAAAUACCUCGCCCAGAGUCUCUUCUCCUUCAAAGUUGGACUCCUUUCCUUGUUUCCAUUUUAUAAAAGUGGAGCUGGAUAUGUCCAGUGCAUGCGGGCAACUCUGCACAGGUGUUACAGUACCUUAUAGUCUCAAUAUGCUUAAGGGAGAUGAACUUGAGACGAAAACUGGGUGGUUGGAAGAAGUGUUGAACUUUGUUCCACUUGAAAGUAUGUGUUCCGCAGGAUCUUCAGAAACUACAAAGGAUUCUGAAUUUGUCUCCAUGCCUCAAGAAUCUGGAAGAAAAAAUGGGGUAAUUAAACAGAGAGUUCUCGUUGACCAAAGAUCUGUGAUUGUUGUGAACACAAAAACAAUCGAAAAGGAGAUGAUCAUAUCCAGAAGAAGUACAUACCAGAAGGUGUUGGCAAUGGAAAAAGAAGGAGUGCAAGUUGUGGAGCGCGAUUCAGAUCUACCUGUGGAUCUGAUGCUAAGUCCUGCAACUUGUCUACUCUGGUAUGAUUGUGAAGAUGCUAGUAAGAAGUCGGCUGCAACUAUUGAUGCUUCCUCUAGCUCACUUUCAUGGAUUGGGGAUAUCGCAACCAAUGUCUUGACGUCACUGAGUUUCAGUUUUAGCAGCUGCAUUAUGGUCUUUGAGGGGGAACCAGUCUGCCUGGCUACAAUAAUGGACUCUUCUGAUGAACUGUAUGCAGCAGCUGGUAGCCUGGGAAUCAGUUUACAGAUCUUUUGCUCAUCAUCACCUGAUUUAACUGAUGAAGUUAUAUUGAGGUGUAUAAAAUCUUCAGUUAAAUCGUCCCAAGUCCAUACCAAAAUGCCAGAGUCAGAAUCCCUUGCAGAAUCAUUUCUCACCAAGUUUCCUUCCGUGAAUCCGCUUACAGCUCAAGUGAUUCUGUCAUCUUCUGGGUCCCUUCUCGAAUUCAUGAAGCUCCCACAUAGUAGGAAGGUUCAAAUGAUGCAGAAGUAUCAUGUACCUGAAGAGAGUGUUGAUCUGUUUAGUUCACUAUGCAAAUACGGUGCAAGGGAGGACUCCAAAUCUGUUAUGACAGACAGCUCUUCUUCGGUAUCUUCUGGACCUGACUCAGACACACACCAUUUCAGUGUUAAAAAAAGGAAACAGAAGCACGUUACUGGGAAAGAUGAAAUAGAUAUGGACGAAUUUGCUCCCUCAACAGAAUUUGCUGAUGCGAAGCGCAAGCCUUCAAGGGAUUUCCAACUUGAUGAUUCUUGGUCAUCUAGAGAUCAUGAGUUAUUUCAUUUUGACCCUGUCACUGAAUUCUCCGAUGUGCCUCUCAAGCCUUCUGGAAUCGUUCAUCAUAAUGAUGAAUCUUGGCCAUCUAAAGAUCCUGAAAGAUUUGACAAGAAGUCAGGACCUGGUUCAUCGUCAUCAAAGGACGCAUUCUGGGAAAAGGAUUUUGAAGUGGGGGACAAUCUUCCCGGAUUCGAAAGUUGGAAUUUCCCAGUUACAGAUGAAUUCAUGAGCCAGAAGAGAGGACAUAAAUCUCCUGGGAUGGGAAAUUUAAACUUGCAUGACACUAGGCAUUCAGAGAAGUUCAUAGCAGACUACAGAGGUGAAGUUAUCAACCUAGAUGAUAGUAAGUUUCUCGAGGAAGACUUCCCGCCUUCUCCUGGUUAUAAAAGGUUCACACCAAUGGUUUCUGAUGAUAUUGAUGAAGACGACCUUCCAAGAAAAUCGAAAUUUGCAAGGAAGUUAUCUUUCUCUGGACCUCCUCACAAGCCUUACUUCCCAAAAGCCGCUGAGAUUAACUCGAGUUUCGAAAGAUUAGCCACCGAGAAAGACUCAAGAAACAUCUCCAGUAUUAUCAAUGACAACAAUGAUUCUUCGCGUGGCUACGUUGAUAACAACUAUCCAGCAAAACGCCAAAGGACCCUUUUGGAUGAAGUCUUAACACGGAGAUCUGGAGUUUCAGCAACAGAGCUUCCAUUUAGAGAAGAGAUUUCACACUUUGAUGGAUCUCCACUAUCAAACGCAAUCCGUUCUCAAAAUCAAGUACAAGGCUCUCCAUGGACGAUUGAGUUUCUUAACCGAGUCAGAGAAAGAAGCAGAGAAAGGAAACAGCAACAUUCUCUUCCUUCUUAUCUCACUCCCUCUAGUUUGGAAACUCCAGGGAGCCUAAAGAAAGCUAAUACCAAGAGAAAGAGCCCUUCCAUACUAGAAUUCUUCAGGUAUAAAGGAGGAAACGCUCAUAGGAAAUUUCCAGAAGAGAAAAAGCAGAAGCGGUCUAAGAAUCCUUCAGCCUCACCACAAAAUGAGAGAUUUUACUCGCCUCUUAAGUCGUGGACACCGAUUGAUAAACGAGCUAAACAGUCACUAUCUUUCGCAGUGAAUGGAUCUGGAAGCCAAACAAAACUGGUCUGGAAGUAG